AACGCGGCAGGAAAGAAAGUCCUCCACGAUUUCAUCGGGCACGAGCUGCCGCCAAACCUCGCCCCUGAUUCCCAGCUCAGCUUCGCGAGGAUACGCGGCUGGCUCGAGGACUGCGACCGCAAUCACGCCAACUGCCGCGCUGCUCGGCCCACGUUCAUGCCGAAGCGCGUGAUAGAAGUCUCGAGCAACGCCGACGCCGGCAGCGAGGCCAGCGCAGCACCAAUCCGCGCCCGGCUGGUUCGCGACGCAAAAGUAGCCCCCUACAUUGCCCUCAGCUACUGCUGGGGCGGCGACCAGCCGGCCAAAACGACCAGCGCGCUGCUCCCGGCCUACGAGCAGGACAUCCCAGUCCACACGCUGCCGCAGACCAUCCGCGAUGCCCUCACCGUGACGCACGCCAUCGGGUUCCGCUACCUGUGGGUCGACGCCAUGGCCAUCAUCCAGGACGACGGCCCGGACAAGACUGACCAGAUCGCGCAGAUGCACAACAUCUAUCGCAGCGCGUCGCUGACCCUCGCCGCCGCCGCCGCCGCCACCAGCCGCGACGGCUUCCUGCGGCCGCGCACGCAGCACCGGCCGUCGCUGCUCGCCGCGCGCACCGACGACAGCACCUUUGGCCACGUCCUCGUCGCGCCCAUGCCGCAGCACGCGCUGCCGCUUCCCCUAUACACGCGCGCGUGGACGUUCCAGGAGAACCAGCUCGCGACGCGCACUCUCGCCUACGGCCCGCGCGAGCCCGUGUUCCGGUGCCUCGAGGCCGCGCACCGCGACGGCGGCAGCAGCGGCGUGCUCGCACAGGUCGACGCAGGCGGCACCAGUGAACACGAUGCCGCCGUGCAGCUGCUGCGCCACCAAGACCCGGGCAGCCGCCGCUUGGGCGUGGAUCCCGGUGCGGGAAUCGAGCACCCCCGUGCCUGGGGACGUGUUGUCGCCGCAUACACGCAACGUGCGCUGACUGUCGCGGCCGACAAGUUGCCUGCCGUCGCUGCCGUCGCCGAGGAGUACGCGCGCACCCGCCCCGUGUCCGAUUACCUGGCCGGCCUGUGGCGCGAGGAGCUCCUGGUGCAGUGUCUGUGGGCUGUCGCCGUGCAGCCGCUGCCGAGCGAGGUCGUGCCGAAUUCAAAUCCCGGCAGCGGCGGGGCGGAAGCAGAGUACCGCGCGCCGUCGUGGUCCUGGGCAGCGCUGGACGCGCACGUGGUGCCGAGCGACGCCGAUUCCAGAGUAGUGCUGACGGCGGCGCUGCUGCACGCCGAGACGACGCUGCACCGCGGCGAGGCCAGCCGCUUCGGCAUGGUCGCCGCGGGCUACCUGCGGCUGCGCUGCCGCGUCGCGCGCGCCGUGUGGUCCAACACGGGGCUGCGCGGCGGCGGCGCGGGGCGUGCCGUCGCCGACUCCCCGGCCAUGUGGCCCGACUCGUACGGCUUGGACGAGCGCCUGACUUUCAGUGUUGAUGACCACGGCCUGUGGCCUGCGGGCGAGGAGGUCGCGUUCUGGUGCGCAGAGGUGUGCUCGUACCUCGACGGCAGGAAGACGAGCGGGGAGGGCUUGUUGCUAGUUGAGGUUACUGGGGAGGCACGGGAGCAGUUGCGGCGGUCUCUGCCGGGGGGCGAAGGAGCCGUGUUUCGCAGGACCGGCAAGGCGUAUUUCAGGUCGGGCUAUGACCGGCCGUACUGGUUCGACGACGAGACGUUGGGUGUCGAUUGGCGCGAGCUUGCUGUCGUGUGA